CUCCGCCUACACCGCCCGCUGGUUUCGCGGCAGCCUGACUCCUCCUCCUGCCGGACAUGGGAUCGACGGUCGGCGGUGCGGCUCCAGCGCGCGCCGGAUUGGCCCACAAGAAUGGAGCCCUUGUUGGAUCUAGUUUCAAGCCAUGCACUAGUUUCAUGCUCAAGACAUCUCCCAAGGUUGGAUGCUCUUCGCACCGUGUGAGGGCAUCCAUUGCCUCUUCGCCACAAAAACAAUACUCUCCCAAGACAUCAGCAGUUCAAUCAGGGGAGGAGGUGCGCAUUGCGGUGCUGGGAGCCAGCGGUUAUACUGGAGCUGAGAUUGUUCGGCUUCUAGCAAACCACCCUCAGUUUCGCAUCACAGUGAUGACCGCAGAUAGAAAAGCUGGUCAACAGUUUUGCUCUGUAUUUCCUCACUUGAUAACACAGGACCUGCCAAAUUUAGUUGCAGUAAAAGAUGCAGAUUUUUCAAAAGUUGAUGCUGUUUUUUGUUGCUUGCCACAUGGAACAACACAGGAAAUUAUUAGAGAUUUACCCCAGCAACUGAAGAUUGUUGAUCUCUCCGCGGAUUUCCGAUUGCGUGACAUCAAUGAGUACGCAGAGUGGUAUGGUCAUGCUCAUAGGGCACCGGAACUUCAGGAAGAAGCUGUGUAUGGUUUGACAGAGGUUCUUCGAGACGAAAUACGAAAUGCUCGGCUUGUCGCCAAUCCAGGAUGUUAUCCCACGUCUAUUCAGCUCCCACUUGUUCCUCUAAUAAAGGCAAAACUGAUCAAGCUGAGUAACAUUAUAAUUGAUGCAAAAUCUGGGGUUACCGGGGCAGGACGCGGAGCUAAGGAAGCAAAUCUUUACACCGAGAUAGCUGAAGGCAUUCAUGCUUAUGGAAUAAAAGGCCACCGGCAUGUUCCCGAGGUUGAACAAGGACUUUCAGAUGCUGCUGAAUCUAAAGUUACUAUCAGCUUCACUCCAAAUCUUAUCUGUAUGAAACGUGGGAUGCAAUCUACCAUGUUUGUUGAAAUGGCACCUGGAGUGACUGUCAGUGAUUUGUAUGAGCAUCUCAAGUCUACUUACGAGGGUGAAGAAUUUGUCAAGCUGUUAAAUGGCAGCAAUGUUCCUCACACACGCCAUGUUGUUGGAUCAAAUUACUGCUUCAUGAAUGUCUUCGAGGACAGAAUUCCUGGAAGGGCCAUCAUCAUCUCUGUCAUAGAUAAUCUUGUGAAGGGGGCAUCUGGCCAGGCUGUGCAGAACCUCAAUCUGAUGAUGGGUCUGCCUGAGAAUACGGGGCUGCAAUAUCAGCCCCUGUUUCCUUGAUAUAUUGUGCCAGUAUUUGUUGUGUCUUGUCUGUGAUGGUGCUUUGGAGUAGCAAUCUCUGCUGUUUUCUGUUGAGAGGAAAGAGCUCAACAUCAGAGUGUACUCAAACUUUCUCAAAAGCAUAACUAGGCUUGUGCUGGUGUAGUUUUUAGAGAUGAGCAGCAAUUAGCAGUUGAAUAAGAGUAGUCAUAAGGCUAUGUAUCAUGUAUUGCGUUGUUAUGAGAUCAAUAAAACAGUCUAAAAGUCAACUCAGAGGCAUCAACCACUGCGGACAUCGUUUGGAUAUAGAGCAUUUCUUAGUUCUGAUGUUUUUGUCAAAUUUUAUCUUGUGUGAUGUAUCCAGAUCCUAAAUUUUACCACAAUAAUGCAGGUGACUGGUAUAUUGUUUUUGUCC